CAAGUCCAGUUAAAAGCUCAACAAAAUAUUGAAAUAGCUCAACAAAAACAAAAGAAAAAACAUGAUGAACAUGUUAAGAAAAUUUCAUUUCAUAUUGGAGAUAAAGUAUUAUUAUAUCGAUCUACUCAAGCUAAGGUUCAUGGUGAUAAAUUUCGAGAAAAAUGGAAAAGUCCUUAUUAUAUUCAUGAUGUCAUUGCCCCAGGA